GAAUUGUAUUAUAAAUGAUAAGAGUUUAACUCGUAAUAAGUGUAAUAAAUAUAAUUUAAGUGCAAUAUUAGCGUUUUACCAAAUGAAAAGGGCGGAAAUAAAAGUAAACAGUUUUUAGGGUCACAGCAUUUAUUAGCAACAUCGAUGGAAAAACUGGAUACGAUGAAGAUAAAAGCGUUUAUGUGUAAUAUAUUUGUAGUUAAAUGUUGAAAACAUCUUUAGUUAUAGAAAUAAUAUUUAAAAACCUAAAAGCAAAUGUUUGUGUGUGAACAAAAAGUUUUUAAAAUAACAACUGGGUCACUUGUGCUGCUCUGCGUGUGGGCAUGUUGCUGCUACUUACCUAAAACUAUAUACGCUGAGCGUAUAACGCUUAAACCUACAGCUCCACAAUUACAUUUUCCAGCUCCCUGUGAUCGAAGUCGAAAAGUAUUUACAGAUCCGUAUGGCGAAAUAAGUGAUGGACCUGCCGGCUUCAAUUAUACGCAGGAUUCGCACUGCGAAUGGUUAAUAAAGGCAAGGAAUGACAGUCAAUAUAUUACAUUAACUUUUCACAGUAUGGGCACGGAAUGUUCAUACGAUUAUAUAUAUGUUUAUGAUGGAGAUUCAUUUAAUUCAACACUUUUGGGCAGUUUUAGUGGGAGGACGCAACCACAACGCUUGGUUGCGCAUAGUGGAAGUAUGUUAAUAUUAAUGUACAGUGACACAAAUUAUGUGCUCGACGGAUUCCGUGCUUCCUAUUACAUAUCGAAUUGCUUAAAUAAUUGUCAUAACCAUGGUAAAUGUGUGGGUCAUCAGUGCGUUUGCCACGGUGAAUGGGUUGGCCCAGAUUGCGAAGAUGAAGCAUGUCCAAACAAAUGUGGUGAAUCGCAGGGACGUGGCAAAUGUAUAAAAGGCAUUUGUCAUUGUGAAAAGGGAUAUAGUGGCAGAUUGUGUGAUUUAUUUAUCAACCCACAUGGAAGCAGUUGGCGUUGGUUGGCAACGGAUGCUGAGGGUAUGACUGCGCGAGCUGCACAUACUGCCAUAUACCUUGAGGAAGAAGAUUCAUUAUAUAUUUUCGGUGGCUAUGAUUUAAACAACGUUAUAAACACACUCCAAGUUUAUCGUUUUUCCACUAGUCAAUGGGAGGAUGAAUGGGGUAUACCACUACAGUCUCGCCGACAUUUUUAUCAUCCUCCAAAAAUAGAUCAGACGUUACUUAAAGCCGUUCUACAGCAUAAAAACGAAGACGAAGCAAAAUUAUGGGGAUUAAAUAGUGAUGUUUCUUUCUUUAGAAAUAUUUUAUAUACUCUAGCCGAAUCUAAUAUACACCAGCGCCGUACUCGCUCUUCUCAAUUAAUAAAAGUUAAUUUGAAUUCAACAGUAGAGGAACUAUCCGAAUAUUUAGAAGAUAUAUUAGAGGAAGUGACUGAUAACAAACCUUCGGGACGCUAUGGACAUGCAGCUGAAAAUGUGCCUGGUGGUUUUGUGUUGUUUGGUGGAAAGCAUGCAAAUGGUAAUUUCUAUAAUGACCUGUGGUUUUAUAAUAGCACAGAGAGUGGUGGAAAAUGGAAACAAUUAGCGGCUGCGUCAAAACUAAAACCUCCGCCAGUUGCACGACACACAAUCACGCUUGCAGAUAACUAUUUAUACUUAUUUGGCGGAAGCCUAGAAACAGGAGAGUUUUCAUCCAAUAUUUAUCGUAUUCAGUUAGUAUCAAACAAAACAGAAAUGACGAAAACUAUUGCAGAGGAAUGUGAAUGGGAGCUGGUGCAUCCACGAGGCGGUAAAUCACUUGAUGUAAGACUUGCUGCACACACCACUGUUUAUUAUAAGGCUACAAAUUCAUUAAUUGUAUUUGGUGGCAUCAUGACAAGUUUAGCUCGUUUUUCAAAAUUAUCAGAUCGCAUUUUUUCCUUUCAACUUGACAAACUACAUUGGACUGAAAUUUUAUAUCCCCGCACAGCAUUACGUGAUACAAAUAUACCACGUGAACGUGCCUUUCAUACAGCUACAAUAUCCGGUAAUUAUAUGAUAGUGUUUGGUGGCUAUACACACCGUCAUAAUAAAGAUGAAAUUUGCUAUGACAAUCAAAUGUAUUGGUACCACUUGAGCUGUAACAUAUGGAUAAACCAAGUUGUGUCAGCCGAUGAUAGUUUAUAUCCUAAAAAACAAGGUGUGUUUGCACAUGCUGCUGCACUAAGAAGAAAUAACACGCUGCUUAUAGCUGGUGGAUAUCACGGCAAUGUUAAUUCUGACUUAUUUGCUUAUGAGUUGCCACAGGUUUUACGAGUUCAGAACCAAGGAUAUAAUCCUGAAAUGUCUUGUCGCUUACAUUCCUCACAUACCGCCUGUCUGUCAAACCCAGAAUGUGGUUGGUGCUCCGCAGACAGCAGUUGUUAUGGACGGACAAUUGGUGCCAAUUGUACAACAAACCUACAAACUACACGCUGUCCAGGAAUAUGUCCCUCGCUAGGUGAUUGUCAUUCGUGUUUAGUGCAUGGCACUCAAUGGAGUAAAGGUGAAGACAACUUUUCAGUGGCAAGCAAACUAGGAUUGAACCAGUGUACUUGGUGCGUGCAAAAUGCAAAGUGCCAUCAUCGUGAUGAUAAUUAUGGUAUUUGUGGUGAAGAUACGCCUUCUCACAGUCCUGGUUGGUGGGGCGAGAAAGGCACUGAAAUUCGGCAUCCUUCACAAUGUACAAAUCAUGAUCGACGUCCUGGCCUUACAUAUAUAAAAUAUCAUUAUCCUGUCAAUUUGACAAUGCCAGAUUUUGUUGGAAUCGUAAAUGCAACAAUGGUUGACUUUUCUUCUCCAACUCCAACAACGCAGUUUGAACAAAAAUUAGAAGGGGAAAUGUUAGCCAGACUUUUGGGAUUUGUACGACCACAAAAAAGUUGGGAAGAGCCGUCUGAAAUACAAGUCUGUACUAGUUACUCAUCUGCUGUGUUACGUGCUGGAUUAGGAAAAAGCUUAGACAACCUGAAAGAAUUAGUAAGCCAAUCUACAAAUCAAUCAUUUUGCAGUAAUGUCGAAAUACCAAGCACUGAGCAUCCAUUUCUCAUAGAUUUUCAGGCGAAGCGGCGAAUAGGACUCAACACCAUAUACAACACAUAUCAAAAAACGAAAAUGGAGUUGCAGCACUUAUAUCAUGGCAAUUUGAAUGCUUUUACCUUUGAAUAUCUCGAGCCUUACUUUUCUGGAAAUUGUGGGCAAUAUUCAAAUUGUCUAUUAUGUUUAACUGAUGCAACAUGUGGCUGGUGUGGUGCCACUUCUACUUGUGUUGAUAAAUCUGUUAAUGAAACAGAAGUUUGUGCAGGUAAAUCAAAUCCAGGAUAUUGGGAAUACCUAAUAAAUCAACCUAGUCAAUGCGCGAAUUGCUCCAACUAUGUUUCUUGUGAAGAGUGCGUCAGUUCCGGUCUAUGUGAAUGGUGGACUGAAGAUGCUCGUUGCGCCCGCAUUGGCAAAUCUGAAAACAGUGUACGUAAUGUCAAAAGUUGUCCAAUACCCUGUCGCAUGCGUAACAGUUGUUACGAUUGUUUGAAUGAAAAGGGACGUUGCGUUUGGUGCGAGGCAAGUUCACAAUGUUUUAGCUUUGCAGUAUAUACAAGUGAAUAUCAGUUUGGCAUGUGUCGAGAAUGGUUAGACCAAGCUGUCACACAUCAUGUACCCCAAAAUGCAGAUGAUGCCCUUCGUGCUGAAUAUGGUCUUACAAUCAGAAAUAUCGGAAAUAUAACACCUCAACCUCAGCAACAAUGUAAAUCUUGUGCGCAAUAUCGCAAUUGUUCUGUUUGCUUACGUACGUUAAGCUGUGGAUGGUGUUUUGAUCGUGAAAAACCAAUUGAAGGUAUUUGUAUGCAGGGUGAUUUCAGCAGUCCUUUUGGAAAUUGCUCUUUAGCGCUGAAUAGCACUGUGCACGACGCUGAAUGGGCAUACGCACAAUGUCCUGAUGUCGAUGAAUGUGGUCUGAAGUUACAUGAUUGUCAUAAAGAAGCUAAAUGUACUAACACCCAUGGGUCCUUUAACUGUCAUUGUCGUCGCGGUUACGUAGGUGAUGGACGUUUGUCAUGCAUUCGCACUUGCUAUGAAACUUGUGUACAUGGUUACUGCUCAGAUGACCCUAAGUAUAUAUGUAAAUGCGAUUUGGGAUGGACUGGAAAUGAUUGUUCUAUUAAUUGCGGUUGCAACAAUCACUCAACAUGCACAGAUCGUGUAGGGAAGUGUGACCAGUGUCAGGCAUGGACAGAAGGUGAGCGCUGCGAACGUUGUCGUCAAGGCAGCUAUGGAAAUGCAACCUCUCCGGAAGGAUGUCAUCCCUGUGAAUGCAAUGGUCAUGGAAAUCAAGAUUCUGGUAUAUGUAAUGUAAGCAAUGGCGAAUGUUACUGCAAAGAUAAUACAGUAGGACUUAAGUGUGAUCAAUGUGGUCAAGGUUAUUACGGAGAUCCGCGUGAUGGCGGCCAGUGUUACUUUCAAUGCGAAUCGCGUGGUAUUUUAUCAGAUAUUGGACGUAGUGCAAUUGGUUCAUAUCAAUCAUAUAAGAGUCCAUGGGGUGCUUCAAGUUUGGAAGUGCGUGAAUGUUUAUGGAUUCUUUCACCUAAAACUCACCAAGCUGAAAAGUCGUUGUUACAAUUAGAAUUUGAAUGGCCCAGUCUUUCCAUGGAUUGUGACGAGAAUGCCGUAUAUGUAUAUGAUAGUUUACCUGAUCUCACUGGCGCUACUCAACAGAAUCAAUUAAUUUCAGUUGUAUGUUCUCCAUAUACAUCAUCUCGAAUCAUAGAAGCACGUUCAAACCAUGUAACUGUAUACUACAAGCAAGGAGGGGAUCGUAAAAACUUCGGGUUUAAUGCUUUGUAUUCGGUUAAGAAUUGUGCUGAAAGAACUUGUAUACAUCCACAUAUUUGUGAUGAACAGCAGCGCUGUGUGUGCCCCUCCGGUUAUGUUGGCCCUAAUUGUGAAAUUGAAAUUUGCCCCAAAAACUGUAAUGCAAAGCGCAUGCAAGGAUACUGCGACACUGAUUACGGACGUUGCAUAUGCAAUGGAAGCUAUGCUGGGCCCGAUUGUGGUACUCUUAUGAAAACGAAUCAUCUCAUUGUAACUGAACUAUUUAAUACCUUACUGCUUAGCGAGUCGUACGAGCAUCUCCGUAAAACUAUACCUCGUUUUGGUCACUCGGUUAAUGCUGAUAGACGUGGAUCGCUUUGGAUGUUUGGAGGAUAUUCUCCAUCGCAUGGUCCUUUAAAUGAUUUCCGGCAGUUCGAUACUAAAAAUGGUACUUGGAUACAAGUGACUGUAGAGUCCACACCUGAUGAUAAAAUGCCUCUUGGUCGUUACUUCCAUGCUUCAGAAAUAUAUUUAAAAAAGCAAAUCAUUUUUAUAUUUGGUGGUAUCACUGUUUCAACUGAAAAGAGUCAACGUUCUUCAAAUGAGCUGUUAGACGAUUUUUGGCAAUUUUCCAUUCAAAAUCAGCGCUGGAGUGAAAAAGAGUUCAAUUCAAGCCAUGAGAGGCCUCCAGCUCUUGCUGGACAUACUCUAACGCAAAUCAGAUAUAAUGAGCGAGAGUCAUUGAUAUUAAUUGGAGGAAUGACGCUUAAUAAAUCACGUCCGUUGGAACUUUGGGAGUUUAAUUUAGAAACAUCCCGUUGGGAGCAGUUGUUAGCACUUGGUGUUCGUAUGCCGGUUUUGUAUGGCCACAGCGCAGUCUUUCAUGCAGAAUCACACAUAAUGUAUAUAUUUGGCGGUUACUUCACUGAGCCUCAGAACAAACUUUAUGCGUUGAACUUGCAAAAAAUGACAUGGACUGAAUUGCCUACGUUUAACGAUCUGAAUCGACCAGAUGCGUUAUUGCCGCGUGCUCGAUAUUUUCAUUCAGCAGUGACUACGGAAAAUUAUAUGAUCAUAUAUGGUGGUCGAACUAAUCCAUACAAUGCAAGUGAUGUAUUAAUAGCUUACAUAUAUGACUGUAACCAGUGGAUACGCUUAACAGAGGAUGUAAACAUAAUUGGAAACUUACAGCAGUCUACUUAUGCAGAAGCGAUAUCUAUUGAUCACGAAAGUGAAGCUAUUUAUGUGAUUGGAGGUUGGGAUGGAAGUGCUUCUCAAAGCCAUGUAACUCGCAUUAAUUUACCCAUUGACAUAUGUCAGUUAUGGAGCUCUGCUAAACAUUUAUGUCGUACAUUUAUGGGCUGUAGCUUUUGUACCGUCUCAGGCAAACAAAGUUCAACAUCAUACUGUUUUUCACAAAGUAGAACUGGGGUCUGUGAAAAUAACAACGGCACUAUUAGUACAAUAUUCAAUGGUGGCGCAGCAUGUGAUGAUGUAUGGAUGUCACGAAGAAAUUGCUCGACAUUUUCUACAUGUAGUUCUUGCCUCGCGUCCUGGCCAACACAUAUAGAGACGACACCAGUAUGUCAGUGGUGUGACGAAUGUGGCAUUAAAGGGAGAUGUGUACCCGCUGGAGUUGAUUGCGAAAGGGCAAGUGCUUGGUGUAGAAAAGAAGUGAGCGUUGGUUUACUUAACUUAUGUCCACAACCACAAUGCCAUACACUAUCUUGCGAAACUUGCAUCACAAAUGAAAACUGCGAAUGGGCACAAAACGAAUUAGGAAUAAUUGAAUGUAUUUCUAAAGAAUUGGUUGAAAAGAACCAGUACCGAGUUGUUGGUCAAUGUCCUCCACCAUGCAACAUUUUUAAAAAUUGCUCAACAUGCUUAAGUAUAGAUGAAGAAAAUCCAAAAGAUUGCAAGUGGUCAACUAUGCUAAAUACUUGUCUUUCCCAAAAAGCGCAACCUCUUUUAUGCGCCGGUGGAGUAUGUGGCUUAGUACUUGAAAGUAAUGAAACAAACCAUUGCCCCGAACCUUGUCACGUCUACGAUCAGUGUUCUACUUGUUUGGAACAUGCUCAUUGUGGUUGGUGUGCACGCGAGGAUUUUAAUGGCGAUGGUAUUUGUACAGAAGGCUCGCUGGAAAACAAACAAGAAUAUCCAUCUGGAUCCACCUGUGAUUUAAUUUAUCAGUCAUGGCGUAACGAUACUCAGUUAACUCCAGCUGAUGUUGUAUCUUGGAAUUACGUGAAGUGCCCUCCAGAGAAUGAAUGUGAAAACGGACAUCAUAACUGUAAUCCAAUAUCUGAACUUUGCAUUGACUCUCCUGUUGGCUACAAGUGCAUAUGCAGUGAUGGUUAUCGUGAUGAGAAUGGUACAUGUAUGCCAGUUUGCAAUCAGGGCUGCGUACGUGGUAAAUGUAUUAAACCACAUGAAUGUGAAUGCGAUUUUGGAUACGUUGGUGCGAAUUGCAGCAUACAAUGUCUUUGUAACGGUCACUCUAAUUGCGCAGGUCCAGAUCGAUUAGAUGAAUGCAAAAAAUGUCACAAUAAUACUAUGGGAAAACAAUGUGAAAAAUGUCAACCAUUAUUCGUUGGUGAUCCCAGAGAAGGUCGAGAUUGUGUGCCAUGUUUGGAGUACUGCAAUGGUCAUACGGAUGUAUGUGUCGCACCCUAUUCUGACCCAGCUCUAUUUAAUAUGACUCGUAGUGAUCUUGAGACUGUUCUUACCGAAGGUCCACAAAGUAACGCCACCUGUUUGCGUUGUGCGAACAGCACGGCAGGAGAGCGCUGCGAUACAUGUAUAUCUGGAUAUUUUCGUGGCAGUGAAGACCAUCAUAGAGAAUGCCGCCCCUGUCAAUGUCAUGGCCAUGGAAAUAUCUGUGAUCCAGUAACAGGAGAAAAAUGUAACUGUGGUAAUAACACCGAAAGUGACGCUACGUGUACUGCGGGCGGAGGCAAAAACUCAGCACAACUUUGUUGGAGUGUUCAGUGUUCAAAAUGUCGCGACUCGUAUGCAGGUAAUCCAAUUGAAGGCCAUCAGUGCUACAAGCAAAUAACAGUUGAAUCAAGAAUGUGUUUUGACGCAAAACCUAUUGAGGAAUGUAAGGCAAAACAGGCUGCACUUAAACCAGGCCAAACCGUCUUCUUUGUCAUUCAACCACGUUUUAUGAAUGUUGACAUACGCAUAACAAUCGAUGUAACUCAAGGCGAACUAGAUGUUUUCAUGUCACCACAAGACGACUCGUUCAUUGUUGAGACAAAUGAUACCACAGGAUUCCAUGAAAUAUUUUUAGACAAUCGUUACAAUUGGGGUCCAAAAGUAAAACGCGCUCAUCCAUUGAAUAUAGCAAUGCCUAGAGCCGAUAAUAUUACUCUUGCUAAGCAUAUUAUGUCUGACAAACGUAACAGUUUCUACGUACCACAUCUACAGGAGUGCAAAAGCCAUGGUGGACACAGUUUCUUUGUUAAGGAUAAACACGCAAAAGAUUUAAGCACACAUGUAACUUUGAAUCAAUGUAACACGCUGUUGCGUUUAUUUGGUCUAAAAAAUCGUUUGGUGUUAACUUUGCCACAAAAUGCACAUAAUCUGAGCGCUACAAGAUUUUUUAUUGCUUUACGAGCCAGCUCAGGUCCCGAUCCCAGCUAUGGAUCAGUGGUUUUCCGUCAAGAUCAAUUACACAUUGAUUUAUUCGUGUUCUUUUCUGUAUUUUUCUCAUGUUUUUUCCUCUUCUUAGCUGUUUGUGUCGUUGUCUGGAAAGUAAAACAGGCCGCAGACUUGAGACGUGCACGUCGACAACAUGUAGUUGAAAUGUUACAUCUCGCUAAACGACCAUUUGCACGUGUAUUUCUAACAACUGGAUCCUUAGAUGUAGACAGUCCACAACCAGCACCAUCGACACGUUCCGUACGCAGCGCAACUGGUGCUAGAUCGAGACAUUUGACAUACGCCGGUGCCUCACAAUUACCAGAGGUUCUACUCAUAGCUAUUGAACCAACUUACGAUAAUUUAGCUGCCGUCAGCACUGUAUUUGUAAGUUUGCCUGGACGUCAUAGAGCACCACUAAGCUUAGCUUUAGGAUCAGCUUUAAUAUCAUAUCCAAGACAAUUCCCAUUGAAUGCUAGGAAUUUCAUGCGUGCACAACGAGCCAACCCAGCUCUAAACACCGGCAAUCAGCCAACGUAAGUGAAUAUACAUAUAGUGAAUAUAAUUAAUUUUACGAAAACACACAAAACAAAAAACUCAAUAACUUAAAAACUUUAACUCGAAUUGCAAGAACAAAUACUUAAUUUUAAGUAAGUAACUAGGAAAAUGUAAAACUUAAUAUAUUUAAGGAAUUGACGUAGUUGGGGUGAAUAGAUCAGGCAAGCUCUCUCAUGUGAGAGCAAAUUCGAAUUCGCGAAAGUGAAUCUUUUGAAUUCUUUAUGUGUACAUUAAACUAAUUGCGUCUGAUAUGACUAGCAGGCGAAACAUAGACAUUUACUAUGCUUUUGUUUCUGUUUUUGUUUAUAUUUUUAUUUAUAUUUUUAUUUAUAUUUUUGUUUUUGUUUUUGUUUUUGUUUUUGUUUUUGUUUUUGGUAGAUAUAACGGUUUCAUUUGAUUGUUUUAAGAUAGGAACCAAUAAUCGGUACUUAAUAGCUAGUUAUGUAAUUAGGUAUGUAAUUGACCCAUGUCUCGAAUCUUAUGUACAUGUAUGUAAUGUGAUCACAAAUGUUUUUAUACUUACGCAUUUAUCGACUGUUAAUUAUCAUUCCAAGUGAUCAUGGAAACUGUUAUAAAUAUAUGUACUUAAACGCUUUUGACUCAGACUGUUUGGUUGAGUUCGAAUUUUUCAACCUACACUCGCUUAAAAAAAAAUUGCUCAAAAACUAUUUUUAUGUAUUUUUUAACAAGUUCACAAAGUAUAGUAGUAGUAGUAUAGUAGUAUAGUAGUAUCCAGUAAUUCUUAAAAUUUAUUGUUAAGUGAUUGUUAAUGACAGUAGUAGUUAGGCUUUUUUUUAAACCCACUGCAGUCCUAACACCUUCAUUUGAUUGAGGGUACCUGCACAAUGUGAUUUCAAUAAUUUUAGAUUUUUAGAAAAAAAAAUUUUAACAAAUAUUUUAAUACGGCCCCACACAUAAAAACGUGAUUAUUUCUUCAUUUGUACUAUAGCUACAAAUGCUUCAUGUUUUGUAUCUAUACUAUCAUAUAUUUUAUAUCACUUAGUCAAUUUAAAAUACAAUAACACAUAAACUUAAAAAUCUUCUAAUCUAUUAAUGGUAAUAGACUUUAACGUUAUCUAAUGGUAAUGGAACUGUUAAUAGUACAAUCACUCUAUUUGCGUUGAUCUAUUUAAAGGUAGUUGGAAUAACGCGUCUGCAGCUCCCAUUUCUGAUCCUUUUUAAUCGACAUCGAUAUAAAUGAUUUUUCUGAGAGAGAUUGUAUAUUGAAUCAUUUGCCUAAAAAUUAAAUCUGAAUUAAGCAUUGUAAUUGUCGAAAAUCUUGAAGCACUAGUGUAAAUUAUUUUAGAUAUUUCGAAAAUUUUCUACUUACUUAGAUACUCUUUUAUUGGAAAACAUGUACUUAUAGAAGAAGAACCUCUCAAGACUUUAUACUGUUUUACAAAAAUAUUACUUCUUUAGUUUAUAAACUUGUUGAAAUUUAUAGAACAAAUUCUUAUUUAUACGAUAAUUUAAUAUCUGAGAAACAUAGAGCAUAGUAAAUGUUGUGAAGUAAACCCAAGUCAAUAUAACUCAUUUUUAGCAAAGCGAACAAAUCUUUUAUUUUUACUUUUACCUUUUACCAUUUACCAUUUACCUUUUAUUAAACAAAGA